AAUAAAUAAUGAUUACUAACAACGUGAGUAAGGCACAAGCUGUGAUAGCAUUAUUAUCAGUUGUCUUUGUAUCCCACAUAGCAUAUAAAUUCUUUCGAAAAAAGUCCGAAAGAUCGGAAAUAAACGAGGUAAUCAUGUUUUCUUCGGGUAGCACAGUGCUGAAGCGGAGCAAAAACUCACGUUGUAUGAUAACUCCAAGUAUGGAUCGUCUACUUCACUACUUGAAUUCUCCACGACAUAGUUUAGAUGUUUGUAUGUACCUCAUGACGAAUAUGGACUUGACAAAUGCAAUUCUCAAGCUGAAUAUUCGUGGUGUUAAAAUUCGUGUUAUAAUCGACGCCGACAUGGCAUACUGCAAUGGUUCAGCAUUAAAACGCUUGGAGAAGCAUCGUAUACCUGUGCGGUGGAUGAAAUCAACAAAUCUUAUGCAUCACAAGUUCUGUUUGAUUGAUGCUGGAACUGAUGAUGUGAGGUGCACGCCUGUUGUCAUGCUAGGUUCACUCAACUGGACAACGCAAGCACUAAAUGGUAAUUGGGAAGCUGUUGCUGUGACGUCACAGAUAAAACUUGUUGAACAAUACAAAAUUGAAUUUGAAAGACUGUGGGUACAAUUCAAGCCAAUUGUUGAUUCGGUAUAGUUCGACAUAUUCUCCAUUUUUUGCAAUAAUAAACUAUUGUAAGCUUACUGUAGUAACCUAUAUGCAGUAAGUUUGCUUUGUUAUUAUUUUUUGUUAUAUAUCGUUUUCUAUAGAAAAUACACUUAAUGUUCUAGGGCAUAUCCUGAGUGGGCCACUGUGUUUCUUUACUACAGAAAACUGUAGUGUUGGACCUGAAAAGUAAAAAACAACUUUUGACAAUUAGUCAAAAAUUAACAUUUCUCUGUUUGGUUAAGAAAUAAAAAAUCCUUAAAAUAUGAACAGAGGUUCUACAACUGAUCUCACUCGUAAUUUUUAAUUUAGUAUCAAAUUAUCAUUUUAUAAAAUAUUAAACAAUACAACUUAUUGUUCACUUUGCCAGGCUUAGUUUUGUAGCGAGGGAUAUAAGGGUUCCACUUACCAAACAAUCUAGAUAAAGAUAUUUACCAGAUGACUCUAGCAUGUUUUGCUACGGACUAAAGCAUAAUUAGGAGACAUUUACUUGCUAUGUCUGUUAUUGCAAAUGGAGCAAAUUAAGAUUCAUAAUAGAUACGAGUAACUGCAAAGUAAUCCUGCUUUUAUUACCUAGAUGACCUGAUUUUUUUACUGAAUCUUUGUGAUUUUCUUUUUUUUUUAAAUUGAUCCUGUACUGAGGUGAACGAAAAAAAAUCAUUUAUUUAGAUCUAAUAAUGUAUCUCAUAUCUGCUUAUUGUAACUACCUCGGUUGAAAGAACUUAAACUACCUAUUUACUCUAAAGCAUAAAAAAUUAUAAAUCAUAUAUUGA